GAACUUCAUAUAUUUCAUUGUAUCUCAACCAAUGAUCAUAUAAUUCAACCCUAUGAAAGUGUUCAACUGGCCUUGGUCAGUCUUUUUGUUAUAUUCUUUCAAAGUUACAAACCAUCAAAAUGAUGAAAACUGGUACCAGCCACCUUAACUGAUCUUAAGCGUUCUUUCGAAGACCCUUCGCAGAUGAGCUACGCGUUAUAAGUAUAUUGCGGAAGUUGGUUUUCCGGGAAACUGUUUCGAGUGAAAAACAACCUAUCAAAACCAUUGAGCUACUUUUAAUAAGUGACUGAUCCAAGGGUAUUACGCGCCUAUAUUAGUCUGUUGUACAGUGUGAAAGCUUUCUUAGUUGGUGGCACGGUGUACUAAGCAGCUUCCUUGAGGGUACAGCUUUACAGAUCUAAGUUUCCGUACCGACAAAACUACAGAUCAAGUAGUCUUGACCUUUCUCGUGCACGAUGAAUAUAAGCUCGCAAUCAGCAUUGCUAAUUCUGAUCCUGUUUGCCGGAUUCCAACUCAUCAGUGGACAAGUGGGUUCCUGCGAACAGAUAUCGAAUUCGAUCCGAUCCCAAAUCUGCCUGAAAGGAAAGUGUGACCUCCAGUGCGGGAAUACUGCGGGCUAUUCUCAGUGUGACCAGGUUUGCGUUGUGGAACCCUGCUCCAAUAUCAGCUGCAGCUCUUCCAGCUGCUAUCAGCGGUGCCUGUCAGGAAAGUGUGAUUCAAUUGAAUGUUCCGGCGACGAUUGCACUCAGACAUGCCUUGGAAACUGCUCUCUGGUGAACUGCACUGUAACAUCAAAGUGUAACCAGCACUGCGAGAAGGGUCACUGUGCUUUACUCGCCAGCGGUGCAGGCACAGUUGUCCAAAAUUGCGCCGAGAAUUGCUCAGAUGUGAAGUGUGAGGCUAAAAGCUGUGGGCAAAGCUGCGACGGGGAGAGAUGUGGGCUGGGGUGCUCCAAAGGCACCAAGGACUGUACACAGAGUUGUAAGGGGCCUUGCAAAAUGCAGUGCGAAGCUUCAAAGUGUGAAAGUAACUGCAUCGGAGGCAACUGCAACUUGGAUUGCAUGAACAGCGAUUCUGAAAUUUGUCAACAAACCUGUGCAAAAGGAGCCUGGGAUAUCAAGUGCACAGCGAAAAACUGCAAAAGUGAUUGCUUGGGAGGCAAAUGCGCUCAUUUCAAGUGCACUGCUGACCAAGGUAACUGCAGCCAGGUCUGCGAAAAAGACUGCACCAACAUGAGAUGUAAGGCAAAGGAGUGUCAUCAGACCUGCACUGAAGGAAACUGUAAGAUGCAUUGUGAGACGGGCUCAGACAUGUGCAUUAUGUCCUGUCCUGGUGGAAAUUGUUUGUUGGACUGCAACGGAAGUAAGUGUAAACGCGAUUGUGAGGGAGGCAGUUGCCAGACAACCGGAACAGGUAUAGAAGUCCAGCAGCCAGAGAAUACAAAGACUAAAGGAGACGCAACAGGAUUGAUCUUCACGUAUCUGUCCUUCUUACUGCCUGUGUUGUUAGCGCACGUCCUGUCUGGUCACUAAUCCUAACCGUUCUGGAUAAAAACUUCGACCGAAAGUAACGCUUGUUAUACAACACCGUUCUUAAUGGCUCGGUUUUUUUUUUUUUCACUAAACACUGUAAUUUGAGCAUAUGACCUACGUAUCUGAUGAAAAGCUUUGACAUAGUUAUGAGUGUGUGAUCCGCACCGCGGAGCCUAAAUACUGCUGAUUAAUUAGAUAUUUAAGAAGAUGUAACCUGUUGUGUAUUAAGGUUCGUUAUACCACUAUAGAGUUGCGCGUGUACAGACCAAGUGCUCUACACAACUGCUUCAUUAGAAUACUGAUGAACUUAAUAUACAAAGAUAGAUAUAUGGACAAUCACGUGACUGCGGUUAAGGGUGUGCUAAACAAUAGAAUCAAGAUUAUGUAAUGGCUAAUGCAUUUAUCCAAUAGGAACAAACACUACACAUCCGUUCCUGUUUUAGCUCAUGUAAGGCAAUACUGUGAAUAAAAUUCAUCAAGGUAAGCAUU